CUCAACCUCUCAUUCAUUUCUCAUUCCUCCCCCAAAAUAUUUAUGUUUUUCUCUCAUUCAACAGUUCUUGAUUAAUUUUCGUCCACCACUCUCUCCACCCCCGGACCCCCCAGCCUCUGUUCAUUUCACUCUUCAAAGAGAUUGGGGAUUUCGGCAUGAGCUUUUGGGGUUUUUGAACUGCAAAAAAAUGGCAGCUUUUUCGAAUUGCUUAGCUGCUCCUGCUGGGUUAAUUUUUCUUUACUCCACAACCACAACCCCAACAAGAAGGCUCAAGAUUUCCCUCCACAGACCCGCCAAACUAAGGCUUCUCGGCACCAAAAUUAGGGCUGUCCAGAGAGAAGAAAACGGCAGCGCUGUUCUUGAUGCCAAAGACAGGGAAUUUGAGAGUGAGCUUAACCGGAGCGUGAAUGGGAAUGGCAAAGCUAAUUACAGCUAUACCACUAAUGGUUCGGCUGGAAAUUACACUAAUGGGAGUUUGGUGAAGUAUGUUGAUGGGAAUGGUAAUGGUAAUGCAAGUGUGGCUGCUGAGGUUAAAGUGGAGGAGCAGGAGAAGGUGACUCGUAGGACGAAGACAAUAGAAGAGAUUGGGCAGGAAGAGGUUUGGUUUAAGCGAAAAGGGCAAGAUCAGGUUGAGGUGUCGGUUGCCCCCGGUGGUCGAUGGAACAGGUUCAAGACUUAUUCGACGAUACAAAGGACUUUGGAAAUUUGGGGAUUUGUUAUUAGUUUUAUAUUCAAGGCUUGGUUGAGCAAUCAAAAGUUCACAUACAAAGGUGGAAUAACAGAGGAAAAGAAAUCCCAGAGAAGAAAAGUCCUGGCAAAAUGGUUGAAGGAAAACAUUUUAAGAUUAGGCCCAACGUUCAUUAAAAUCGGGCAGCAGUUCUCCACAAGAGUGGAUAUUCUUGCUCAAGAAUAUGUCGACCAAUUGUCGGAGCUUCAGGAUCAAGUUCCGCCUUUCCCUUCUAAAACAGCUGUAGCUAUUGUUGAGGAAGAACUUGGAGCCCCGGUCGAUGAUAUAUUUGAAAGAUUUGACCGAGAGCCUAUUGCUGCUGCAAGUCUUGGUCAGGUUCACCGAGCUAAGAUGAAGGGACAAGAAGUUGUUAUUAAAGUGCAACGACCAGGACUAAAGGACUUAUUCGACAUUGACCUUAAAAAUUUGAGGGUGAUAGCAGAAUAUCUUCAGAAGAUUGACCCAAAAUCGGAUGGUGCCAAAAGGGAUUGGGUUGCUAUCUACGACGAGUGUGCAAAUGUCUUAUAUCAGGAGAUUGACUACACAAAGGAAGCAGCUAAUGCAGAGAAAUUCGCAGAUAACUUCAAAGACAUGGAAUACGUGAAAGUCCCGACAAUAUAUUGGGACUACACAACUCCACAGAUUCUAACGAUGGAAUACGUUCCUGGGAUCAAAAUAAACCGGAUACAAGCUCUCGAUCAAUUAGGUGUUGAUCGGAAAAGGUUGGGCCGAUAUGCUGUGGAGUCUUACCUGGAGCAACUUCUAUCUCAUGGCUUUUUCCACGCGGACCCGCAUCCGGGAAACAUUGCCGUGGACGAUGUCAAUGGUGGAAGAUUAAUAUUCUAUGACUUUGGAAUGAUGGGAAGUAUAAGUCAAAACAUCAGAGAGGGUUUACUUGAUGUAUUCUAUGGAGUUUAUGAGAAAGACGCCGAAAAGGUUCUACAAGCAAUGGUUCAAAUGGGUGUUUUGGUGCCGACUGGUGAUAUGACUGCCGUUCGAAGAACGGCACAAUUUUUCCUCAACAGCUUCGAAGAGCGCCUUGCCGAACAAAGAAGAGAAAGGGAAACGGCACAGGCAGAGCUUGGAUUCAAGAAGCCACUGACCAAGGAAGAAAGGAUUCAGAAAAAGAAGCAGCGCCUCGCCGCAAUUGGCGAAGAUUUGUUGGCUAUUGCGGCGGAUCAACCCUUUCGGUUUCCUGCUACGUUCACCUUUGUUGUUAGAGCUUUCUCAGUUCUGGAUGGCAUCGGGAAAGGUCUUGAUCCUCGAUUCGACAUCACAGAGAUUGCUAAACCUUAUGCUCUUGAAUUGUUGAAGUUCCGUGAAGCCGGUGUUGAAGUUGUAAUUAAGGACUUCAGGAAGAGAUGGGAUAGACAAUCCCGAGCGUUCUCUAACCUAUUCAGACAAGCAGAUAGAGUCGAAAAACUUGCCGAGAUUAUCCAACAAUUGGAGCAAGGCGAUUUGAAGCUCCGUGUCCGGGCAUUGGAAUCCGAGAGGGCUUUCCAGCGCGUCGCAGCUGUUCAAGACAGCAUUUUGAGUGCGAUUGCGGCUGGAAGCUUGAUGAACUUGGCAACAAUUUUGCACUUCAAAUCCAUCCAAAUGCCUUCGACAAUCGCAUACUUCUUGUGCACCUACUUCGGGUUGAAACUUCUGAUCGGCUUAGUGAAGGUCAAGAAAAUAGAUCAAAGAGAGAAACUCAUCACAGGAACUGCAUGAGUAAAUGACUACGAAAUUCAAAAUUGCCAGAUUUGUUGCUGUCGUUCCACCUUAGCUUGGUGGUGAACUUAGGAACUGAUUACUACACAAGAUCGACGGCAAUGGCGAUGUAUAAUAAACCGAUUUUGAGGAUCGUAUUGUAAAUAAAGUGAAGAUUCGGACAUAUAUUAACAUUUUGAGGUUAGGAUAAACUAUUUAGAUUUUCUGGUUUGGACAAAACAUUCUUAAGAACGCAAACUAUAUGAGUGUGUGUGUUUAGUUUUUUAUUUGAGAUAUUUUGUUAUGUUAA